AUGCCACCGAGAAAAGAACCCAAGGAGCAAGUCGUGUAUCCCUCAUCAAAGGCGAAGACACCUGCCUUCAAACCUUUGCGGCCAACAAAGAUAGGCCGCACCUCGACCACAGAAUCUGAAAGUGCCGUUCCCAAACCGAAACCAACGGCGAAGAAAGCAGGACCGUCUACAUCAAGACCUAACCCAGCUUCGAAAGCAAGACCGAAAAUCACGGUACUGCCUGAUAGCGAAGACGACGAUGACGAAAACGUGAACGGUUCCGCCAAAGGCGGCGCCGCCAAUGAUACCGAUGAAGACGACGAGAGCCUACCGUCCCUUUCCACCACUGCUACAAAUUUGAACAAGACUACAGCCAAGCGCAAAGCUUCAGCUAUAUCAAUCGACUCCACCAACGAUGUCGAUCAGCCUCAGCCUUCGACAACGACGGCAAGAGCCACUACUUCAACUAAUGACGAUUUCCCCCCUGCCCUCUCGUCUUCCGAUGGCAUACCCAGUAUUCCACAACCUCUGCUUCUCCGCCUCUUACACUCUGGAUUCACGCACCAGGACACGCAGAUUGACACGCAAGCUUUGCAGAUUGUGCAGACGUAUCUAGACGUUUUCGUGCGGGAGACGAUUGCGAGGUGUGUGGCCGAGAAGAAGGAAGCUGCGGAGCGGGGAGAGGUGGAGGAGAGUGAUGUCGGGUGGUUGGAGUUGGAGGAUCUCGAGAAGGUGGGUGUGGGGAUGAUGCUGGACUUCUGA